AUUCAAAGGUCUUACUGACCCCGGUCUACGACACCCACCCCGCACCAUUAUCCUCCGAAUUUAUUCCAGUCAGUGAGUGUCAAGGCUCGCCAUAUCUACACAAUGGCGAAGGACAGGGUCGACAAGGAGAAGAAGCGUGAGAAGAAGGACAAGAAGCGCGCCGAGACCGAUGGCGUUCACAAGUCCAAGAAGGACAAGAAAAGCAAGACUCUUUCCGAAGCCGCUGAGAAGGAGCUCACUACUAAGGUCCUUGAAGGCCUUGACAAGGCCGAUGCUGCUACCAACGGCGAUGUCGAGGUGAUCCAGGCGGAUGCCAUGGAGGUCGAGGCUCGUCCAGUCGGUGCACUGGUACCGUUCGCCAACCCGCUGGUUGAGGACAAGACUGCAAAGAAAGUGCUCAAGAGCGUCAAGAAAGCGGCUGCGAACAAAUCGCUCAAGCGCGGUGUCAAGGAAGUCGUCAAGGCUCUCCGAAAGUCUCCAAUUCCGGCAGCAAACGCUCCGAUCACCACCCCUGCCGGCAUUGUCGUUCUGGCUGCAGACAUCUCUCCGAUGGAUGUUAUCUCCCACAUUCCUGUUCUCUGCGAGGAUCACGGCAUUCCCUACGUCUACGUCACCUCCCGGGCAGAGUUGGGUAGCGCGGGCGCAACGAAACGUCCUACCAGUGUGGUUAUGGUGGUCCCCAAGUCCUCCGGCAAGAGCAAGAAGAAGGACGGAGAAUCUGAGGGUGACGAGGACUUCAGCAAGGUCUAUGAUGAGCUCUUGAAGAUUGUGGAGAAGGAGACGAAGCGAGUAAAGGUCUAGACGGCACCUUUCCCUCGGCAUUUCUUCGGUUAUUCGGUUUCAAUGCUCCGGUUUAUGCUGUACAUUUUUUCUGUUUUCUCUAUGACCAGGCAGCGCAUGUCUUUGGGGGUCUUUGCUUCCGACGACCACGGGAUAUCUUUCUGAUAGGUCUUUUUGCGAAUGCGGCGUUUUAGUAUUGGUGUACAAAAAGGCAGGAAAGAAAAAAGAACGAGAACCCAAUAAAACACAACGGAACUAAUCCUCAGUUACUGUCCCGUCACUUUCUGCUGUCAAAAAGUAAAAAUAGAAACCGAACCCGGAUCCCGAAGGUACAGUACGUGG